GUGAGCACUGGCCCGGUGUCAGGCAUGGCUCCCCGGGCAGUCUGGCUCCUAGUCGCGCUGUCCGCUGUCCUGAAGCUGCGCUCCUGCUGGGCUUAUACCUGUCCGGCCAUCUGCCGCUGUAGCGCCGACACGUUUCAGUGCAGCAGAGACACUCAGCUGGCCUCCAGGACCGCAGCAACAUCUGUGCUGCGACUAAGGCUCACCCAGCUGCCCUUGAAACAAGUUCCCACUCAUGCCUUCAAGGAGCUGAUCAACAUUACCAUAAUAGAGAUCUCCCAGAGUGACUGCAUCACACAUAUUCAGAAGCACGCAUUUUUCUCCCUCCACAGUCUGGUGCAGAUCUCAGUGCAGAAUAUCAACAGUCUGAGGGUCAUUGAAAGGGGAGCCUUCACGGAUCUGCCCAGGCUGGAAUAUUUGAGCAUCUCAAACACAGGCCUAACACACUUCCCAGACUUGACAACCAUAUCCACCCUGGCAUCAGAUAUCAUCCUAGAAAUGGCAGACAACAUGAGGAUCGACAUCAUUCCUGCCAAUUCCUUCCAGGGCAUCACAAAGGAAUAUGUCGACAUGAACCUGGUUAGGAACGGCUUCAAGGAAAUAAAAUCUCAUGCGUUCAACGGGACCAAGCUCAACAAUCUAAUAUUGAGGGACAACAGGAACCUGCGUCAUAUUCAGGAAGAGGCUUUUGAAGGAGCCACAGGUCCAAGCUAUCUGGAUGUUUCGUCCACGGCUCUCAGUUCCCUGCCGAGUAAAGGCCUGAGUCAAGUGCUAUCUCUGAAAGCCACCUCUGUGUUCUCCCUGAAGAGCCUCCCGCCAUUAGACGGCCUUGCCGAGCUGCUGGAGGCCGAGCUCACUUACCCGAGCCACUGCUGUGCUUUCCACACGUGGCGCAGGAAACAAAGGGAAAGUGCCUCAAGGAACUUUACAAAGUUGUGUGAUCUCAGCAACUCCGAAAUGGAGCCCACUGAUGACGGCAUGAAUCUCGUCUUCGACAUAAGCUUCCAAUACCCGGACCUAGAGUUUGGUUGCCAUAGCAGGCCGUUCGUAAUGUGCACGCCGAUGCCGGAUGCGUUCAACCCCUGUGAGGACCUGCUGGGCUUCCCCUUCCUGCGCUGCCUCACCUGGCUCAUCACGAUCUUCGCUGUGGCCGGUAACCUGGCCGUCUUGGUCAUCCUGCUCAUCAGUCGCCACAAGCUGACCAUCUCAAGAUUCCUCAUGUGCAACCUGGCCUUUGCCGACCUGUGCAUGGGGCUCUACCUGAUGCUGAUUGCCUUCAUGGACUUCAACUCCCGCCACGAGUACUACAACCACGCCACCAGCUGGCAGACGGGGCCCGGCUGCAGCACGGCCGGGUUCCUUACCGUGUUUGCCAGCGAGUUGUCAGUCUACACACUGACGGUCAUCAGCCUGGAGCGCUGGCACACCAUCACCAACGCCAUGCACGUCAACAGGAGGCUGCGACUGCACCACGUGGCGGCCAUAAUGGCGGCCGGCUGGGGCUUCUCCCUGCUCGUGGCUCUGCUUCCUCUGGUGGGAGUGAGCAGCUACAGCAAGGUGAGCAUCUGCCUGCCCAUGGACAUCGACAUGAUGGGCUCUCAGAUUUAUGUCAUGGCCGUUCUCAUCCUCAAUGUGGUCGCGUUCCUAGUCGUCUGCUUCUGCUAUGUAUGCAUCUAUCUCAGCGUCCACAACCCGGAGCACGCCACCCGCCACGGCGACACCAAGAUCGCCAAGCGCAUGGCCGUGCUCAUAUUCACAGACUUCAUGUGCAUGGCGCCAAUCUCCUUCUUUGCCAUCUCGGCCGCGCUGCGCAUGCCCCUCAUAACCGUGUCCCACUCCAAAAUCCUGCUGAUUCUCUUUUACCCCAUCAACUCCCUCUGCAACCCCUUCCUGUACACCAUCUUCACUCGUGCCUUCAGGAGGGACAUGUGCCGGCUGCUGAGCCGCUGUGGCUGCUGCGAUGCCAACUCUGAUUUCUACAGAUCACAGACUGUGGCGUCGCAGCACACCUGCAUCAACAAAGUGGCCGACAGAAAACCUCACUCGCUGAGCUUUUAUGCCUAUCACAUUAAGAUGAAGGGCUGCUUUCUAAGCAAGGGAGCGACAUGAUUGUCAGCGUGUGGGCUGGGAACUCAGAGGCAACAUCUGCUCGCUGAAGAUGCCGCGUUUGAGAAUUAAGGUGAAGGUGGAGAGACUGCUGGCAUCACGCAUUGCAAAUAUCUGAUAGAAUCUCAUCUGGUUUAUUUUGCAAACAGAAAAUGUUCAUUUAAACUGAGGAGGUUUGAAGGUAAGGAAAGUGCAUCCUCUCUUCUGCACAGGUAUUGUAAAAAGAAGCAGAUAGGCAGAGAAGAAGAAAAAAUGAGCUUGUUGAAGAAAUGUAAAGCAUCACUGUUUGGUUGUACUCUAAACUAUUGCUCAAUGAGAUAUUUAAAGUGGUUCUAAAAGGUUUACCCAUCCCUGUUAAAAUGGUAGCUUUUUGUGAAGUACAUAAAUUAGAUCCAUGAUUUAUUUCAAACCUUUUUCCAUCCUAAAUGUGAAACAUUUUCUACAACACAGAUUUGUUUAGAGGAAACUGAGGCGCAAUUCUACAAUUACCCACUUGCAUAACUGUGCACACCUGUGAGAUAAUACUUAGAUGAAGAAUCUUGAUUCAAUUUAGAGCUGCAUGAUAACAGGAAAACACGGAAUAUGCAAUGGUAUCGGCGACGGUUGCAAUAAUGCAGAUAGACCCCAGUUAAUGAUUAUCCCACUGAGCUGCUUAAAAGAAGAAAAAACAAACUAAACUAGCUUUUAUUGAAAAACUUGCAUCUGACCAGAGUCUGCAGUUUUGGAUUACCAAAUUCUGAAAUAUAGAUUAGAUAUCUAUGCACAGAGGGACACACAGAACAAAAUGAGACUUUUCCAUAAAUGAGUCUGCGUAAGACUCAAACUGUCUGAAUGUGAAUCGCUCAGAUGAAACAAAGCCUGGGCUUUUGCAAGGAGAGUGAAGAAUUAAAUAACAUUUCAUGUAAAUAACAUGAAAUAUUUAAAUGUCAUUAAUUUAUUAAAACUGGAGAUAAACAGAAAUAAAUGUAUUUAUAUGUGCCUCAAUGAAAUGUAUUGAAUUCAUUCUAUUAUUUUUGACAACUUUAUGUUCCUGUGCUGAACCACAUCAUGAAUUUUAAAUUUCAAAAAUAUAUUUUAAUUAUUUCUGUAUUUCCAAAACUAAAAAUUUUAUAUCAUUUAAAAUCUUUAUUUCAUAAAUUAUUUAUUUAUUGAAACUGGGCAGUCUUCACUCUCCAUACUUUUUGAGCAUGGUGCCACAGAUGCAGCUCAGAACACAAAGCAGCUCACACACAGUGAAACAUAGUGGUGGCGACAUCAUGCUGUGGGAUUGCCGUUCAUGGUCGCAGUAGACCAAAUUGUAAAAGGUAUCAAAUACCAGGCAGUUUUGACCUAAAAUCUUAGUUUCUGCUAAAAAGUUGAUUCUGUCCAAACAUACUGCAUACCAAAAAUAAAAAGCUGCUUUGCUGUAAGGAAGUUUUGUUCCUAACGGUCCAGUCAGAGUCCAGAACCAAAAACCAACAUUUUGACAGAUGAAAAAGCACACACUGAAAAUAAUUCAAAUGUUCUUCAAGAAGUAUUUCUAGGUCUGCAAACCUAAGAAAGUCAAUUUUUUUACAUUUUCCCCUAACAUUUUUCCAGUGGAAUUGCACAGAAUCUUCACAUCCACAUUAAAAGUUGGGAACAAUUUUAAAAGGAUUCCUCAUUUUGUUUUUCAAACUCCUAGCAUUUUCAUAGGGGUGUACACACUUGAGAUCCACCAUGAAUCCAUUAAUGAUUUCAGAAAUAUCUUUAUUAAAUCGAGACUUUUCCAUUUGUAUAUAAUAAAAAGGUUUAAAUGUCUUUUUAAAUGGUUCUACUCAAAGUUGACUUUUAGCGCCACCUUUUGGGUUCAGGAGACAUUUUGACAGGAGUGUUUGAAGACUGUAGUAACAUAUGAAAAGUCAAACUUUAUACUGAAAUGUCUGUUUUAUUUAAAUAAAAUUGUGGUCAUUUA